AUGUCUUUGUUACAAUACUCAAUUUCAAACCCCGGCUGCCACCAAACCCCACGCAAUAAUUACUAUUACGGACACAGCGCCGCUUCGUCUCCGCCGUUGCCUCAUCAGUAUGACAUUCUCACCCAGGCCAACCACAUCCAGUCGUUUCCAGCACACCAAAACCCUAACCGGAUUGAACUACCACCGUUGCGAUCCUUAUCCAUUGGGGCGUCUGUUCCUGUCGGAAAUAUAAACCCACCGCAGUACAGCUACAGAACCACCUCCCUCUCAGCCACCCCUCCACCUCAUCACACGAACUCCUUCGGCUCUGACGCCAAGGCCAGUCCACGCACAUUACAGUCUCUCAAGUUACCGAGCUUAUUAAAUGAACAACCCCAGAUGGACCAUACCUUGCGGCCAUAUACCCCGUCCGCUUCGCCUGCCGACUCCUGUUCUGCAUUCUUGUCCUCGCCCACAGUAAUGGUGAUGGACCAGACAUCGCUGAAACCCGACAAAUCUAGACGUCAGAGAUUAGGUCCGUCCUGCGAUUCCUGCAGAUUGAGAAAGGUCAAGUGUAACGCAGAGAUCACCGUGUUGUCCCACGAAGAGCUUCUUGUGUUGACGCAACAGGCCCCUUCGUUAUUCCAGCGCGCGCCGCCGUCCAGCGAGGAUAAGUAUCAGGUGAUGGGCGGCUUUCCCGGUGCGGUAGGGUUUUUGUUGAUCCAGGUAUUUUCCAGCACCGAGAACAAAUUUAUCAAGUUCAAAUCUUGCAAGGCCUGCUCCAACAAGAAAAUCGACUGUUUGUUCUCCCACGGGUACGUUAAGACGGAGACAAAGACCGAUUCGGUGUCUAUCAAGUUCAUGUCCCCACCCUCCUCCACCAUCUCAUCUCCUGUUACUUCUGCAGCAGUUUUGGAACCGUUCUCGGUAACAAAGAAAGCUAAGGUUAAAAAAAAAAGAACCAAGAAGUUGGCGCGUGCAUUGUCGGUUGCUGAAGUCUCUUACUGUCCGUCUCCUUCAUCGCGGCUCAUCCUGGACGCUACCAUUUAUAAGCCUGCAGUGCUGGUUGCUUCCAUCUGCAAUGCCACCAUGGUAGAGGCCGCUUCUACCCUUGCCUCCUUCACCGCCCUUGCCGUCCGCACCCCGUGCUUUACCAGCGACGAGACCCAAAAGAAAAGGUCUUUGUCUGCGUGCUCCAGAAAGUCUUCGUGCUUGUCCUGCCGUAAGCGCAAGAUCAAGUGUGAGUUUGUUUCUGACGGAGUGAAUGCGACCUGCUCUAACUGUUUCAAGAAGGGCCGUGAAUGCGUGAUUGAAAGCGUCCGAUUCAAGAAUGUCGCUUAG